GAUGAAAUUGCUGUUAUUGGGUAGAAAGUAGGAAAAAAUUAAAAACCUCCUUAUUUGGAAUAGUACAAACAUUAAACAACAGAUUUCCCGAGAUUUUAUUUGCUGGAAGCGCGACUCAUAACAAAGAUCAAACAUGGCAACGUACGGGAGGGGCACCACUCCAAGUGGUCCACCGGCAGGAAGUGUAUAUAAGAGCGUUAGCCAAAACCCGAGCGAAAGCGUCAACGAAGAGAGAUUAACCAAAAAGUCCGUGCAAGUCACACAAAUGUAUGCCGACGACCCCAAAAGUAAGAAAAAGAGCGAAGCCUUGCACUACUACUACCAGGAAACUCUCGCCGAUCUACAGUACCGCUCCCAGAUUAAGGUCAUCGAGCAAGUUGCCGGAGAGGAGGUGGAUAUGACGCCAAAGCCGAUUCCAAAUGAAGCCUACGUAGAGCAGUUCAUAAAGUUCAAUCUUCAAUUUCUUAAUCAGAUGACACAUUUUACCACGAUGAUGUCCCGGACAGCCUCACGCUCCCGCACGCGAUCCAGCAUGAGAGGGGGGAUUGGUAGCGGCAACAAGCAGUCCAUCGACGAUCUGAUGAAUGGAAUCAUGAACGAAACCAUUAAUUUUGACCCGUAUAGUAUAAAGGAAACCCACGCAGAAACCCACGAGGCAAAUCCAUAUACAAAAUCCUUUCUCAAAAUUACACUGCGUAAGUCAGACUUCUUUGAGCUACAGAGCCAGCCCCAGACGACUGUGGCGAAGGGCUCGCCGGAGGGCGACGAAGUUGAGCGGGACAACCGCACCUACGAGUACUUAACUGUUGGCAAGGGAAAGAUUCGCCGGCGGUCGGACAAUGACGCCCAGACGGAUUGCGUGCUGGUUACUUCGCGGGCUGUGAAUACUAUUCUGUUGACCCAGGAAACCGUCGGCUCGUACGUGUCCAAUUUCGAAAUGUAUGACACGUUAAACAACCUGACUAAGCCGACCUUCUCGGUGGGGACGGCGGCUUCGGAUUCGCAGUCGCAGCUCGACGUGGAAGAUGGUGAGAACGUCGAGGAUGAGGAGACUGUCGCCCAAAAUACCAAUAUGGAGAACCAGGUUGGCCGGCUGUUGAAGAGUCCCGAGUUCCGCAACGCGAUAAUGUACAUGGGACGGACACUUUCGAGCAAUACCAACGAAUCCGGCAUGCGACGUUUCCGGAACUUCGAGCUUCCAGACCGCUUCUGUCAGGACGCAGAGUAUGCUUAUUCCAUGCAAUUACUCUUCCGUCUGGUUCCAGAGCCGAGCAAAGACGAGCGCAAGGCCGUCAGUGACAUAGACUUUUGCCGGACCAACGGCGACAUCCUCGCUGUGGGCUACGGCUUGUAUUCCUUCUCCUCGCAACGCGUCCCCGCCUCAGGCAGUGUCUUCGUAUGGAGCAUCAAGAACCCGGGCGAGCCAGAGCGCGCCUACUAUUACGACGUACCGGUGACAGCCAUAAGUUUUUCGCCUUUCCUGCCCUGCUUACUCGCGAUCGGGCUAUAUGACGGGGCAGUCGAGGUGCGGGACGUUAGUAGCCUACAGGACAUGCCUAUAGCUAUUUCGCAGCGAAGCACUUCGCCAGGCUGUUCCCCGGUGGUGGCGAUACGCUGGAUCAAACAGGUGGCUGAGGAAGACGAGGAUGCGGACAUCGACCCAUUCCUUAGCCUUUCGCAGGACGGUUCUGUGACUCGUUUCCGCAUCAUAAAAAGUCCUUUUCUGCUAGGCUUUAACCAGAUGACGCUGGAGCGGGUCGAGGGCCAUCCCGAGGGUAUCUAUGUGGCGCCGUCCUCACGCAUUCCCUGCGAAUCCAAUCGUCACCCCCAAGGCCUAAGCAUUACCACCCAUCCGCUACACAAGGACAUUUACUACGUGCUCACGGACGAGGGAUGUAUCCACAAGUGUUCUAUCAACUACCAGCACCAGUACCUGGAGGUGCUACGCUGCCACGACGGUGGCGUCACUGUAAUGGAAUUCUCGCCUUGGUCGCCGAAGAUCUUCCUUACCUGUGGAAACGACUGGUGCGUACGCAUAUGGAUCGACGGCAUAACGCGCCCUCUGCUCGAACUGCAGGACGAGAUGACACCAGUGCACUGGGCCAAGUGGAGCCCCACUCACUCGACAAUCGUAGUUUCCGUCAAUCGGGAGACCGCUAACAUCUGGGACAUCCGCCGAAAUCUUUUACGGCCUAUGGCUAAGCACAAAAUGGACUCCUCGUUUAAUACUGUGGCCAGGUUCUCCCACUGUGGUCGCUCCUUGGUGAUUGGAAAUGAGAGAGGAAACACGCUUUUCAAUGCCCUCAACGACAUGCCCUUUUCUCCUCACUUCCAGUACGACGAGCUGGAGAAGGCCAUCUACAAGGCCAUAGGUAAUGACCACGAGCUAAUUAUGGAAUUAAAGAGCAUAGGCUUCUUCGGCUAUCCUAACAAGUCGGCUGUGUUUUAGCAAUGCAAUGUUCUUUCAGCUUUUCUUCUCUUACUGACCAAAUAAAAUCCGAAAUUUAAGAACUUU